AUGAACGGGCCGGGCUCGAACUGGCAGGAUUACGACGGACGCGAUGUGGGAUACGGGGACAACGACUUCCGUCUGGAGGGCCGGGACGCCCCGCACCUCCUCGGGUCAGGGAUCCCGCGCGAAAGGGGUCGCCAGAAUGUGUUAAGGACGAGCACGCUGACGUACGUGGAGGCCGACGUCGAGUCCGGCAACCAGCCGUGGGUGUUUGUUGGGUGCGCGCCGUACACGCCGACCGCGGCGAGGCGGUCGGUGCAGAAGAAGCUUGCCGGACUGCCCUGGAAAUCGAGGAUGGCACGUCGCUGGAACCUGUACAGAGGGCAGUGCGUGGCCGCGGUGCUGGUGCCGGCCGCGGUGGCGGUCGCAGCGGCGCUGCUGGACGCUCGCACGGGGAACGGGCGACGAGGCCAGAGCGUGAAGUUCGCAGACGUGCUCGUUACGGCCGCGUAG